AGAGGUGGAGUGCUCUAGGAACAGGUAGGACAUUCCAGGGCAGGUGAAUCUGUGCACAGACAGGUGAAGCUACACCUUGAUCGGGGACUCGCUCCUUAUCUGCCAAACAUGCCUUAUGUAUUCAGCUCGGCGAGUGGGGGUUCCCAGAAAAAGAAGGCGGUGAAAGACCGGGGGACCAUCGGAGUGAAGGCGAGAAAACCCACCUAUCAGGAACUGAAAAAUCAAUGUCUGAAUCAGGGCGUUCUAUAUGAGGACCCGGAAUUCCCAGCGGACGAAUCGUCUCUGUUUUACAGCGAUAAACCGGCCGUUAGCUUUGAGUGGAAACGGCCGAAAGAGAUUUCAAGUGAUCCAAAGUUUGUUAUUGAUGGAGCAUCGAGGACAGACAUCUGCCAAGGAGACCUGGGGGAUUGCUGGUUCCUUGCUGCUGUAGCUUCGCUGACUCUUAAUCAGAAGAUAAUGGCCCAGGUUGUUCCUCUGGAACAGACAUUUGACCGUAAUUACGCUGGAAUCUUCCACUUUCGGUUUUGGCAAUAUAACGAGUGGGUGGACAUCAUAAUUGAUGACCGUUUGCCAACCUUUAGAAACCGUCUGGUGUUUUUACACUCUGCCAGUAAUAAUGAGUUCUGGAGUGCCCUACUGGAAAAGGCCUAUGCCAAGCUAUACGGCAGCUAUGAAUCGCUGAAAGGGGGCAGCACAUUAGAGGCCAUGGAAGACUUUACUGGUGGCAUGGGAGAGACAUUUGAUUUGAAAGAGGCGCCCCCAAAACUGUAUACCCUCAUUCAAAAGGCAUUGAAACGGGGCUCCAUGUUGGGAUGUUCCAUUGACAUUACGAGUGCGACUGAAACAGAAGCUCGCACCACGACAGGACUUGUCAAAGGACAUGCAUAUUCUGUUACCGGUUUGGAUCAGGUGAACUCCAGAGGCCAACCAGUGCAGCUGAUCCGUGUAAGAAAUCCUUGGGGUCAAGUAGAAUGGAACGGACCCUGGAGUGACGACUCACCUGAAUGGAAAACAGUGGAUGCAGCUGAUUAUAAAAGGCUGAACGUGAUCUCCAAAAAUGAUGGCGAGUUUUGGAUGGAGUUUGAUGAUUUUAAGAAAAAUUUUGACAAAGUAGAAGUCUGUAACCUUACACCAGACUCGCUGGGUGAGGAUGCUUUUCACAAAUGGGAAGUGACAGUUUUUGAAGGGUCUUGGACCAAAGGCUGCACCGCUGGAGGCUGCAGGAACUUCCAAGACACUUUCUGGAUCAAUCCACAGUAUAAAGUAAAGCUGCUGGAGGCUGAUGAUGAGCAAGAAGACGGCAAAGAUGAAUGCACAUUUAUUGUGGCUCUCAUGCAAAAGAACAGACGCAAACUGCGGAAGGAAGGAGCCGAGUUGCUGACCAUUGGGUUCGCCAUUUAUGAGGCUGAAAAUGACAUUGAUCAUCUGCCGAAAGAGUUCUUCCGAUUUCAUGGUUCGAUUGCAAAGAGUAAGACGUACAUUAACAUACGGGAAAACGCCCAAAGGUUUAAACUUCCACCAGGAGAUUAUCUUAUUGUUCCAACUACUUUUCAACCUGAAAUGGAGGCUGAUUUCAUCGUUCGAUUUAUUUCGGAGAAGAAAGCUGUAACUCUUGAAUUGGGCGAUAAAAUUGGUGCAGAUCUACCGGAGCCACCAAAACCAACAGCCAACCCCCAGGAGGAAAGUCAAGAGGAAAAGCAGUUCCGCGCCCUGUUCCAACAAAUCUCAGGGAAGGAUAUGGAAAUCAAUGCUUAUGAGCUGCAGGAUAUUUUAAGUACUGUCUUCUCUAAACAACAGGAAAUGACACCUGACGGUUUUGACAUUGAGACAUGUCGCAGUAUUGUGUCUCUCUACGGUAGAGACAAUGCUGCAGGACUUGGAAUUGACGAAUUUAAGAUCUUCUGGAAUCGAAUGAGGCAGUGGAAGAGCGCUUUCUUGAGUUGCAACCAUGACAAAUCAGGAACCGUAUCAGCUCAUGAGCUCCGAACUGCCGUCAAGAACUCAGGUUUUCAGCUCAACAACCAGUUACUGCAGCUGUUGGUCCUCCGAUACAGAGACCCGUACCUACAAAUUGAUUUUGAUAACUUUGUCCGUUGUAUGGUUCGAUUGGAGACUUCGUUCAGGUUGUUCAAGUCAUUUGACACCCGGCAGACUGGUGAGGUGACACUGGACUUGAUGCAGUGGCUCUACAUGACCAUGAACAUCUGAAGGUGGAACUGGAGAUCCUCACACUUCAGAGUAUUUUGUCAUUUGAAAGAUCUUGAUUUCAGCAUUAACAGGGGUACUAUAUGUAACAGAAUGAGGCCUUAUUUGUUCACUUUGUAUUGUACUUUAGUAUAUCUGCUUGUCCUUGCUGGAGGUGUUUUGGAGAAGAUUCCUGUUAUUGACACUGUUGCUUAAUGGAUAUUAUCUGCUCUGCUAUUCCUCCAUUCUGAGACCAAUGUUUGCAGACAUUCCACAUGUAUUAUGUGUUCUAAGACUAGAGCAGUCCAUAGCAUAAUUGUGACCUCCUCAUGAGAUAAGAAAAGACAGGUCAUUAAAUCCCAUCCUCUAGUACCUAAACUUUCCCAUCUGUUAUAUUAAGUCUUUCAUUGAAGCCCAUCUAUCUAGUACAUUAAUUGUUCAAUUUUGAUCCUUCUAGUAAUUUCAUCAAAACUCAUCCCUCUGGUAUAUUAACUUUCCCCUCAAACUCCAAGGCUCUGGUAUAUGAACUCUCUCAUUGUACCCAGCUCUCUAGAACAUUAGUUGUCCCAUUGAAGCCCACUUUUUAGGCUGUGGAAUCCACCUCCAGCGUUAGUGGUAAAUGUAGAAAUUGCCUAUAUUCAAGAUUACAUUGGACAGGCGGGUGAAGGAAAAGUGGAUAAAGGGAAUGGGCACAGGUUAGGAAAGCAUGAUAAGAGCUGUUUGCUUAGGUGGAGGAUAAACACUAAUGCAGAGUGGUCGGGCCAAAUGCCUGUUUCUUUACUGUAUUGUACUUUCCCAUUCAGGUCCAUCCCUUUUCUAGUCUUCUCCCAUUGAAAGACACCCAUCUAGUACCUUAACUCAACAAUUAAAGGCUGUCCUACAAGCCUAUUAACUCCCCCACUGAAAUCCAUUCCUCAGGUACAUUAAUUCACCUAUUAUGGCAUCUAAUUACAUGUUUGAUAACCCCAACCUUUUAGCCUUUGUACCUUACUCAGUUAUUUCUCCCAUUUUUCAACCUAGCUAUGAACAUGGGUCACUUAAUAGGCACAGAGGGCACAAAAUUCUUGAACUUCAUUCAAGAGAACUUUUUUAGCCAGCACAUAAGCCCAACAAUUCUAGAUUUAGUCUUAGGAAACAAAGCUGGGCAAGUGGAUGAAGCAACAUUGGGUGACCAUUUUAGAGUAAGUGACCAUAAUAUAGUUAGAUUUAGCAUAAUUGUGGAAAAGGAUAAAGAUAGGAUAGGAGUAAAAGUUCUAAAUUGGGUGAAAAUUAGGUUAUUUAAAAAGGGUGCAAGGGAUAGGUCAGAAAAU